AUGGACUUCUUUGAGCGUCUUAAAAUCCUUGCAUCUAAAGCAGCCGCAGUAUAUCAUGAAAUGGAGGUUGUAGAGGAAUCAACGGAUACUGAUCAAGUUAAUGCCUGUCGUGUUAAAACUCCAUACGACAAUAGAUAUGCAUAUGCAGAAACAGAAGUUGAGCAAGAUGAUAAUACUGAGGUUGAAAAUUCUAAUGAGCCAAUCCAGAUAGAAGAUGAACUAAAAGAAAGAGGAUCUAUAAAUGAAGUAUUUCAUAAUAACAAUGAAGAAUCUAAUGAAGUUAUAUAA